AUGUCAUUACACUCUAUGCAACAUCACUCCGGAGUAAGGACUUCGAUGGACAACAUUUCAUCAUCGUCCUUUGCAUCGUUACGAGAGGAUUUAUCGAUGAACGCCUCAUUGUUGGACAAAAACAUUAUUCCUUACAUGACCGAAGAUGAAUUAAUUGAAAUGAUUAAAAACAAUCACUCUUACGAGUUAUCAAAACAAGACAUUGAAUAUUUAUGUUUGCAAAGGAGAAGACAAUCCAUUGAUUUGCAUCCAAACACUGAUCCAAUUCCGAAGAACCAUCACCCAUCCACUCCUUCUUUUAAAGUCAUGAUUUUGGGAGAUGAGAGUGAAAGUAAUGGAAAGUUUCAGUUUUUCGACACGUUGAUUGGUAAUACUUCAAAGAUACCCUAUCCUAUCACUACUGUUCAGUUACAGAACAAUCCAGAUUGUUUUUUUCAAUUAUGGAUUCCUUAUUGUAAUGAUCAAUACGCAAACUUGAGGCUUUUAUAUUACGAGUAUACCCAUAUCUUUGUUUUGUUUUUCAACAUUUCUCAAAGAGAUUCAUUUAACCAUUUAAAAGAUGAAUUACUUCCUGAGGUAGCUUCAUUCAUUGAACACUUACAAGGGAAAGAGACUUGUAUUCCUCCGAUUCUAUUAGUAGGAUAUCAAUCAGAAAGUAGAGAAAUCAAUGCAGUUAAAGAUUUGAUUAGCUUUGAAGAAAUUAUUGAGGUUGCUCAAUACUACAAGUGUUCAAAAUAUAUUGAAAUUCAAUCGAAAGAGUAUGAAAAGCAUAGAGAUAGACACCACUCUCAUGUCUAUGAGGUCAUGGAACAUGUUUCAAACAUGGUGUCAUGUCUGAAUGAACCAUCUAUCCAUGAACAACACGAUGACUAUUUCAGAAGUAUGCUCACAGUACCCACUCCUGAAAUUUCGUUUCAUCAAAUGGAUAAGACAUUUCUAAUUACAGAGUUUAUUGAAGACGUGGAUUACUUUUACACCAUUGAUGGUUCUCAUCCAAAAACAUCACAAUGCAUUUCAUUAUCAAAAUCUCCUCAACAUUCACUUCAAUCGUUGAAGUAUGAAAAACCACUGGUUAUUCAUGGAUCACAGAAAAUUCAUCAAAUUCAUGUGGUUGGAAUUGAACGAUGUAAAUACACCAGUGAUAUUGCAUCGUUUACCAUUCCCAAUGAAAGUGAAUCAGUGAAUGGAUACUUUGAUGUAUUAAGCAAGUGUUUUAGAAUUACCAAUUGGAAGAAGGAUUGUGUUUAUUAUUUUACUUUGGAUGGAUCCAUUCCCAAUGAACAUUUAUCAUUUAAAAGUAUGGAGCCUAUUAUUCAAAUUGGAGAUUCUAUGAGUUUAGGUAGUGGUAGCGCGAUUGGUCAUGGCACUACCAGUGCUAUCAGUAGUAGUAGUAAUAGUAGCACUAUUGGUCAUUCCCAUUUCGAAUUGCAACAACAUUCCACAAGCCUUUCCAUUGUUGCAGUAGAAAAGGGCAAGUUAAAGAGUAUGAUUCGAACCUUCUCAUUACCAUCCACAUUACAACCACCUGCAGUGAAAUACGAUGCCAUUGAUUCAACGUUUACCAUUGAUACUGUUCCUGGAGUGAUUUAUAGAUACACAUUGGAUGGAUCAAUUCCAACACAUCCCUUUGAUUCUUCUCAUCAUGAUUCCACAACAUUUACCUAUUCAAGGAGUGUCAUGUUACCUAAAAAAGAAUCUAUGAAAUGUAUCAAAGUCAUUGCAUUUCCAAAAUUGAGUUUCCCUUCGACAUGUAUUGAAAUUAAUGCAAAACCAUUGAUGCAAGAACAUUUAUCAUCACCUUCUUCACAAGUGAAAUUGAAUAACACUGCAUUGAAGAGAAUGAAAAGUCAUUCACCAAAUUCUACUACUACUACUACAACUACUGCAACACCUACUACUUCUAACAAUUCAAUAACAACCACAACAGCAGCAACAACAACAAUUCAUUCAUCACCCUCAUCUUCACCACCCAAGACAAGUUAUAUUAAUAAUACUUUGAAUAACACCACCACAACCACCACCAUCACUACGAACAACACUAUUGCCAACACUUCAACACCUCAACAACAUGAUGUCUCAUCUCCUUAUAACCUUUCAUCGGAAGGAUCCAAGGACUCUUCGAACAAGGUAACAACCUCACAGGAUACAACUUUUAAAAACAACAACUCCACCACCAAACCAACAACAUCCAACAGAGAUUCAACAACAAAUCGUAUCCAUUCUCCACAACGUUCAAAUACAACUGAAGAUGAUGAUGAGAACACUAACAAGAAUACACAUCGCACCAAUGUAUCACUAAACAUGUUAUCCACCUAUCAUUCUCCUACCUCACUCCCAAGACAGCGUCAAGACAAUUCAUUGAUCAUGGAUGGUCCAUUACCAUCUACAAAUACGAUGAUGAUGAACUCGAAUACUAUAAUGAAUCCAUCGAUGAUGUCUACUAGCGAAAUACCUCCUGCCCAAAGUGUUGAAACCGUGCAGAGAAAGGACAUGUCAAUUUCCACCACAAUUCACUCUCAAUCUUCUUUAAAUGAACAUGAUGAAUGUAACAACAAGAAUGAUCAACAACAACUACCACAACAAUAUCAACAACAACAACCACCACCAAACAAACAACAUCACCACACUUCUCAACAUUCAACACAACAAUGUCAACAACCAUCGACAAGAAAAUUCCUCAAAACAUCAACAACCAAUGAUUUUCAAGUUCAGUGCAAAGCUGAAGGUAGUAACGUUAUAUUUACAUUUGAUCGUCAAGUUUCAGUGAAAAGGAUUAGAAUAACCACACCUGGAUCCAGAAGAGGACCUCAAUUCUAUGCAUGUUAUAUACCAUCUCAAAAUACUAAUUCUCGAGGUGUUCGAACCAAAGUUGGUGAAGGAGAAUUACAAGAUAUUGACAGUGUUCAAUAUUUAGACUUGUUUACAAGAGAAUCAAGUAGUGCGAUUGUGUGUAAGGAAUUGAUGUGCACAUUUAGUCCAUUUGAGGGACAACGAUCGUUUAAAAUUGUAGAUAUGAAAAUUGAAUGUAAUAAAUACCCAUGA